GUAUGUGUAUGGUGAUAGGAGAAUUUAAGUGUUCACUAUGCGACAUACAGCUUUUCAGUUCUUGGUCGUUGCCAUUCUGCUGGCAUUCGUCACAGCAUGGACGAAAGAAGACCACGAGAUUUUCCAAAUUCGAGAUGAAUUAAUUGCCAAAGAAGGACCCAAUGUGACAUUUUAUGAUUUCCUCGGCGUCAAACCCAACGCAAACCAAGAUGAUAUCAACAAAGCCUACCGCAAAAUGUCGAGGCAGCUCCAUCCCGAUAAAGUUAAGCGCUCAUUUAUAGCAAACAGCGCGAGGAAAGGCGACGGCAAGAAAAAGGGUACAAAGCCAGGUGUCCACGUAUCCAAAGGUCCAUCGGAACGUCAAAUCGCAAACGCCGUCAAAGAAGCCACCGAGCGCUCCGCUCGACUCAACACCGUUGCAAAUAUCCUUCGAGGUCCCUCACGCGAACGAUACGAUCAUUUCAUGAAACACGGUUUCCCGACAUGGAAAGGUACGGGAUAUUAUUACUCUCGCUUCCGUCCCGGUCUAGGGACUGUGCUUAUAGGCCUUUUCGUCGCCUUUGGCGGAAUUGGUCACUACGUUGCUCUUGUGCUUUCCUAUAGACGACAGCGGGAAUUUAUGGAGAGAUAUAUUCGUCAUGCGAGGAAAGCUGCCUGGGGGGAUGAAAGAGCUCUGGGUGGUAUACCGGGUCUUGAUGCUACUGCAACUACCUCUCCUGUUUCCGCGCCUCAAGCUGAAGUCGAAGAAUCACCUGCCGCUAUGGCUUUGAACCGCCGACAGAAACGGAUGAUGGAGCGCGAAAAUCGCAAGGAGAGCAAGAAAGGGAGUAAGAAUGCUGAUUCAGCACCAGGGUCUGGUACAGCUACCCCGAUCAGCGAGAAUGUUGCUGGUGCUUCUGGCACUAAGAAGCGUGUAUACGCCGAAAAUGGAAAGAUCUUGGUUGUCGACUCGGCUGGCAAUGUGUUCUUGGAAGAGGAGACUGAAGACGGAGAGAAACAGCAGUUCUUACUGGAUGUUGAAGAAAUUCCACAACCGGUGCUGCGGGAUACGUUUGUAUUCCGUCUUCCGCGUUGGUUGUAUCGCAGAGCGCUCGGCAGAAAGGAUGCGGGGGAGUCUAGUGAGGCUGUUGAAGGCGCGGAUGAUGUAGAUGUCAACGAGGGGGAUGCUCUCGACGCCGAGGUGACCAAGUCGACUUCCACCAGGAGUUCUGCUGCUAAUGCUGCAACGAGGAAGCGUGGCAAGCGAGGUCAGAAAAAGUGAUGAAUUAACGGUGCAGUGAUGGAUUCAAAAGUGUAUAGUAUAUUUCAUGGGAAGAUAUUAUGAAAGAAGUAUUUUACAUUAGAAUUCUAAUAUCCAGGUAGAUUAUGAAUGUUUACAUGACUCAAAUGUCACGACACCGAAUAGUUGGAUUGAUGUUGAAGUCUAUGCGCUAUAGCUUCAAGAUAUGACUAUGGUACAAAAGAAAGAACAGAAAGAGUGGUGCUGAUCUUCUGUCUGCAUCUUAUCCAAACGAAUAGUUUUCACAU